AUGCAAAUUUCUACACUCGCUAUUUCUACCGCACUUCUCGCUAAUGGUGCAUUAGCUCUUAUUGGUUUUGAUAUCGAAGCUGGCUUUGAUCUCGAGUUCGGUUUCGGAACCUUCGCAGGAAGUUUUGAUGCCGGAGUAGGUAUCGACGUCGAAGGAAAGAAAUGGUAUACCAGAGGUGUUAAGUGUUACAAAACUAAGACCUACACCAAGGGUAAGACAUACGCAACGAGCACAGAAGCUUCUACUUCUUACAUAUCACUUUGCCCACAGACCCUUACUGCCGCUGCCGAAUUUAAUGCUCUCGCCCAAAUUGAAGCUGUUGAAGCUACAACCACUUCUUCAACUACAACCCCAACCACCACUGCAACUCCAACCACCACUGCAACUCCAGCUGAAACUUCCUCAAUUCCAGUUCCAGCUCCAGUAUUAGCUGUUGCCUCUCCAAGCUCAAGCUCAAGCUCAAGCUCAAGCUCAAGCUCAGCCGAAACUUCCACUCCAGCUGAAACUUCCUCAAUUCCAGUUCCAGUUCCAGUAUUAGCUGUUGCCUCCCCAAGCUCAAGCUCAAGCUCAGCCGAAACUUCCACUCCAGCUGAAACUUCCUCAGCUCCAAUUCCAUUAGCAGCUGUUGCCUCCCCAAGCUCAAGCUCAGUUACUCUUUCUGCAAGUAUCGUUACCGUUGAUACUACUACCACCUCCACCUCCACCACAUGCCCAGAAUCAUCGACGUUCUACACAACUGUUGAAUCAAUUUACACUUCUUAUACAACAACUUGUCCUGAGUCCAGCUAUGCUACUUACACCACUACUGUCACCUACCCACAUACAACAAGUGUUGUUUGCUCAACUGUUUUAUCAACAUAUUAUGUUACAAAGGUUACUACUGAUGUAUACUACGCUACUUCUGUAUACACUCAUGUUGCACCAGCUACUACUACUGAAGCAUAUGUUGCUCCUACUUCUGAAGCUUACGUUUAUGUUCCACCAACUACCACUGCUGAAGUUUACGUUGAAACAACUACUCCAGUUGCAGAAGAAGAAACUUCAACCGAGUAUGUCGUAAGUUACGUCACAAAGACCUGUCCAACAUGUGUUAUUGAAACUUACUAUUCAACUUCCACUUAUCUUCCAAGCACUUACUUGGCUGAAAUUUAUACCCCAGCAGAAACCACUUACUAUACCUCAUCUUAUUACAAUACAACGUAUGCUCCAAAAGCAAGUGCUUAUGUUGAAAAUGGAGCUGGUGCACAAUCCAUUAAAGCUGGCUUCUCUUUAUUAGCUUUCGUUUUCACAAUCUUACAACUUCUUUAG